AUGGCAAAGGUGAGAAGUGGUAGUAAUGGUAAGAAAAACAACGGUAUUUUGAAGCUUAAGCUAGUUCUGGAGAGAUUGCAAAAGGGUCUUUUCUUAGCCAAGAAAAGGACAGAGUCGUUUUCUGGCCAAGAAAUGGUACCAAAAGAUGUGAAAGAAGGACACUUUGCUGUGAUAGCAUCCGAUGAUUAUGUUGAAAGGAGAUUUAUUGUUCCUAUCACUUAUCUCAGACAUCCUGAAUUUCUAAGACUCUUGGAGAGGGCUGCAGAAGAGUAUGGAUUCGACCAUGAAGGUGCAUUGAUGAUACCUUGUAGACCAAGUGAGCUAGAGUGGAUAUUAGAGGAGCAAAGAAGGUCUGAAGAUGGUGAAAAUUGGCAUUCAUAUAAAACCAUGGUGGAAAGCUGUUGA